AAUUUAUAGUUUUCUGUCCGCUGUUUGGUGUUUGCUUCACUGUACGUCGUUAUCCGUUCCACUGUGCACCGCAAGAGGAGGAGACCAAACAGCUGUUUUCGAUAAAAACUAUCGAUUGCUGUCGUGUAAUUGGGAAGACGUUGCUGAGAUUUUACCCAAACUUCAAUAUUUCUGCCAAAAAGUCGCGAGUUGCGGUUGCAAAUAAAUUAAUUUAGGUAAUUAACCAAGGGGCUUACGACUCCGUGGGACUGCGGCAUCGGCAAGAAGAAGCAUAGCUGGGCGAGAGAAGAGCAAAAGCAGCGAGAGACACAGCACGCACACAGCCACACAAAUUACGUGCAGAGCGCAAUCUAUUCCCCUAUUUUCCACUGAAAAUACGCGCACGGCAGGCGGAAAAGCAGCCUAAUUGCGACGCAUUUCGCACUGCAAAGGUGAAUCCGAGCAACGAACUUCAAGGCAACCCCAGCUGAGCAACACAGACAGCAGCCAUAACAAUAACUUUGCAGAUCGGAAGAGCAGCAAGAAGAAGCAGAGAGGAGCACUGAAGCGGCCAGCUGAGAAGUAAAGGAAGGAGGAAAUACACGGAGGAGGAGUAGCGGAGCAGAGGAAGAGAAGGAGGCGAGGGAGGAGCAGCAGCCACCAUGAGCAUGGUGCGGCGGAUCAUCCUGCUGGGCCCCAAAUACAGUAUCUGGUCGAAGGGAAGCGCAGUCGGUCAGACACAGAGAACAGCAAGAUGUGUCAUCCUGGGCACUUCAAACUCGGAGGUCAGCAUCUGGGGUGUGCGACGCUUUCACCUGGCCACUUCGAACUGUGCCAUCAGCCGACUGGUAAGGCUAGAGCCUGCGGUGGCGAUACCCGCCUACAUUGACAUCACGAACGCCACCACACGAUCCACUGAUGAUAUGGGAGACGGAGCCAGCGGCAGUGGGAGCGCCACAGGAAGCGAUAGCAGUACCAGUGCGUCUGGUGGUGGUUCCAACAAAAGUCCUAGUGGAUCGGGGUCCGGAGCGAGCACGACUAACAGCGGAGAUCCACCUGGAGGUGGUAGUGACAAGUUCCUGUCGUGCCCCAAGUGCGGCAGUGCGUGCACUCAGGUCGAGACGUUCGUUAGUUCGACGCGGUUCGUAAAGUGCGCCAAGUGCAACUACUUCUUCGUUGUGCUCUCCGAGGUCGAGACCAAGCAGCGCACCAAGGAUGAACCCAAGAACCACCGCAAACCGCCACCGCCGCCCCAGAAGAUCAUGGAGUACUUGGACAAGCAUGUGGUGGGGCAGGAUUUUGCCAAGAAAGUGCUAGCGGUCGCCGUCUAUAACCAUUACAAGCGCAUCCAUCACAACCUGCCCCAGUUGAAUCAGCAGGGAAGCGGUGCGUCUGGUGGCUCCGGCGGUGGAGGUCUGGAUGGUAUUCCCCGACCCGACCUGCUGCACAUCACCGGAAUCGGUCACACGCUGAACAGUACACCCGGCAGUGAGUUGCCUCCCAAGGCGCCCGCCCAAAUGGGCUUGGGCGGCGGCAUGGGUGGUCCCGGACUGGGCAGCGGAUUAAGUGGAUCCUCAUCCAGUAACUCGCGAGGAGGCGGCGGCGACAACCGUCCCGGCUCCGAGAUCCUGGAUCGUCAGUCCAAUGAUGUUAAGCUGGAAAAGAGCAACAUUAUCAUGCUGGGCCCAACGGGAUCUGGCAAAACUCUGAUAGCUCAGACGAUCGCCCGCUGUCUGGACGUGCCCUUUGCCAUCUGUGACUGCACCACGCUGACACAGGCCGGCUACGUGGGCGAAGACAUCGAGAGUGUCAUCUCUAAGCUACUGCAGGACGCCAACUAUAAUGUGGAGCGUGCCCAAACGGGCAUCGUCUUCCUGGACGAGGUGGAUAAGAUCGGUGCUGUUCCUGGAAUCCACCAACUGCGUGACGUCGGUGGCGAGGGUGUCCAGCAGGGCAUGCUCAAGAUGCUCGAGGGCACAGUGGUCAAUGUGCCAGAGCGCAACUCGCCGCGCAAGUUGCGAGGGGAGACCGUCCAGGUAGACACCACAAACAUUCUGUUUGUGGCCUCCGGCGCGUACACAGGACUGGAUAGGCUUAUCGCGCGUCGUCUUAACGAGAAGUAUUUGGGUUUUGGCAUGCCCUCAACUAGCGGAUCUGGUCGUCGAGCAGCUCAGGCAGUCGCCAGUCCCAUGGACAACGAUCAGGAGGAGCGUGAUAAAUGCCUGACCAAGGUGCAGGCUCGUGAUCUCGUUGAGUUUGGCAUGAUACCGGAAUUCGUUGGCCGUUUCCCGGUAAUUGUACCCUUCCAUAGUUUGAACAUUAGCAUGCUGGUCCGUAUCCUGACGGAGCCGCGCAAUGCCCUGGUGCCACAGUACAAGGCACUGCUCGGUCUCGACGAUGUGGACCUUACCUUCACAGAGGAUGCGGUCAAGUCGAUAGCCCAGCUGGCGAUGGAGAGGCAUACAGGAGCACGCGGUCUGCGCUCCAUAAUGGAGCAACUACUUCUGGAUCCAAUGUUCAUAGUGCCGGGAUCAGACAUUCGAGGUGUUCACAUAACCGCCGAUUACGUUCAGGGCACAUCAACGCCCGAGUACAGCCGCGAAGCGGACGCCCCGGCAUCUGGGACCGUUACCGCUGACACGGAGACCACAAACGAUAAUGAUAAGAACUUUGAGGAUAGUGAGAAAUUUGGUUUGACUGAUAACUUGGUUGGUUCGUCGUAGCUCCCCUCAAGCCCCAUCAAUCUGUAAAAUAUGCCCGAUGAGGAAUGAAUGAAAGAAAGCUCCCCGUGUAUUUUUGUGUAUGCAACAUCCUCAAACCUAUAUGCAUCUGUGAUUCAUAAUCGACGAGCAGCGCAAUCUUUUUAGCCCAACACAGUAGUAAGCAGAGUGACCAAUCCUAAAGAGUUGGUUCCAUUUAAUAAAAGCCACAUGUUUUUUUUUUAAAUACCCAAUA